CACUAUGGAACGCUGGAGCGGUCGAGUUGCCUUGGUAACCGGGGCGUCAACAGGGAUAGGCGAGGCGUUUUGUCGCGCACUCGUGAAGCACGGUAUGACAGUUGUGGGGUGCGCUCGCCGAGUUGAACUGAUAGAGAAGACAGCAAAAGAAUUGGAAGGAGAGACAGGACGUUUGAUCCCCAUGAAAUGUGACCUGACAGUGAAAUCUGAGAUCGAAUCCAUGUUCCGGGCCAUAAAGGACCAAGUGGGUGGGGUGGACGUAUGUGUUAAUAACGCUGCGUAUUUGUCCACUCAGCAGCUUCUCGUUGGGGAUACCGACACCUUCCAGAAAAUGCUGGACACCAACAUCAUGGGCCUGUCCAUAGUAACCCAAAUGGCUGUGCAGUCGAUGAAAGAGCGAAAAGUCGAUGAUGGCCAUAUUAUUCACAUAAGCAGCAUAACUGGGCAUCGUUAUUGCCGUGAAAUAGCAGCUAUGCAUUUUUAUUCAACUACUAAGCACGCAGUGAAAUGUCUGACAGAGGGUCUGAGGGCUUGUCUGAGAGCGGAGGAGUCUAUGAUUCGUGUGUCGACUAUUAGCCCCGCUGUGGUGGACACCGUAAUGGCGAGAAAGUGGGUGGAAGCGGAAUUUGGGAAGGAGAAAAUGGAGCAGUUGUUCAGACGGAGACAGUGUCUUCUUCCCGAAGAAGUAGCUGACAAUUUGAUCUACAUCCUGUCUGCCCCGCCGUCUGUGAACAUCAGAGACAUCUGUAUGAGCGGGGUGUUGGACCCACUCUGAGAAGUUUCUAUAUCCAUCAAGAAGUCAACUUUAGCUGGCAUAGUGCAGGAUCUGAGCAUACACUAGUAUAGUGCUAUAUGUAUUAGAAAUGUACAUAUUUCUCUCUACCAGAGGGCAGCUGAGUGACUAAUGACGUCAUUUCUGUGCAAAAAUUCUCGCCGGAUAGUAAUGUGCUCGUAAUAACCAGAGAAAUAUCUGGGAGUAUAUGGUAAAAAAAAGUAUCUGUGACCCUGGUGGAUCUGGAGCUGGUAAGAACAGUGCAUAUAUAUAUAUACGUAUUUGUCAACUUGACAACUUAGUACAUCUUAUUAUACCUCCAGUGUAAACGUUUGCAUAAUUUUACGGAGAAUGUGGAAGUCGAUUAUUUUUGUGUUGGCUAUAUUUUUGGUGACAGCAAAAUUUUCAGAGCAAUUUGUAUUUUUAUAUAUUUCA